UUUCAUGGCACCCCCUUCCCUACGAACACAAUGACGACGGUCCGAUUGCCGUAUUGAGGAUCGACUUCCUUCAAUCUUCAUCGUCAUCGAAUCUCAUUUUCAACGGAACUAAUGACAUAUUCGUCGAUCAUCGUUUGAUUCAAUACGCGAAACUCUACAAUGGAAUCAGCUGCCUCCUGUUGUUCUACCCACCUGAUAGAUGGAGAUGGUACUUUUAAUGCAGCUGGACUCGAGAAAUUUAUGAAGGAAGUAAAACUUUCUGAAUGUGGACUUUCGUAUGCAAUUGUUUCCAUCAUGGGCCCACAAAGUAGUGGGAAAAGCACACUUCUAAAUCAUCUGUUCCAUACCAACUUCCUGGAAAUGGAUGCUUUCAAGGGAAGGUCUCAAACCACCAAAGGUAUUUGGAUGGCAAGAUGCACCGGUAUCGAACCUUGCACUGUUGUCAUGGAUCUUGAGGGUACUGAUGGAAGAGAAAGAGGAGAGGAUGACACUGCAUUUGAAAAACAAAGUGCACUUUUUGCACUUGCUGUUUCAGACAUAGUGCUUAUUAACAUGUGGUGUCAUGAUAUUGGUCGUGAGCAUGCUGCAAACAAACCUCUGCUAAAAACUGUAUUCCAGGUGAUGACACGAUUAUUUAGUCCACGGAAAACAACAUUGAUUUUUGUCAUACGUGACAAAACAAGAACACCUCUGGAAAAUUUAGAGCCUGUAUUGAGGGAAGAUAUCCAAAAGAUAUGGGAUUCUGUACCUAAGCCAGAAGUCCACAAGGAAACACCACUAAAAACAUUUUUUAAUAUAGAAGUUGUUGCUCUUUCUAGUUUUGAAGAGAAGGAAGAACUAUUCAAAGAGCAGGUGGGAAACCUUAGAAAAAGAUUCUAUCAAUCUAUUGCACCGGGAGGGCUUGCAGGUGACAGACAAGGAGUUGUUCCUGCUUCAGGUUUUUCUUUUAGUGCUGAACAAAUUUGGAAAAUUAUCAAGGAAAAUAGGGAUCUUGACCUUCCUGCUCACAAGGUUAUGGUGGCCACUGUACGUUGUGAAGAAAUUGCUACUGAGAAGCACUCCGCGUUUGCUGAAAACAAGGAGUGGUGUGAGCUAGAGAACACCGUAAAGACUCAAUUUGAGCCCCACUUCGGGAAUAAGAUUAGUUCACUACUUGACAUUUACCUUGCAGGUUAUGACAAUGAGGCUGGGUUUUUCGACGAAGGUGUUAGGAAUUGUAAGCGAAAACAAUUGGAAGAGAAAUUGUUGCAGCUUGUUGAACCGGCCUACCAAUCAACAAUGCAUCACGUAAGGUCCGAGACACUGGAAAAAUUCAUAAAAGCAUUUGAAGAUGCUUUGAAUAAAGGACAAGGGUUUAAAGUUGCUGCCCAUGAUUGCACAAUCUCAUCAAUGAAAUCAUUUGAUGAACAAAGCAAAGGUGUGAUCAUUAAGCAAGCUGAUUGGGACUCCUCUAAAGCAAGGGUUAAACUUUCUCAUGAUAUCGAUUCACAUAUUGCUGAUGUAAAGACUGCUAAGAUUUCUGAUCUUACUGCAUUGUAUGAGUCAAAAGUAAAGACAACAUUAUAUGGACCUGUGGAAGCUCUUCUAGAAGGGGCUGCUGAUGACACGUGGCAUGCAAUCAGGAAGCUUCUUAGAAACGAGAGCGAGACAGCUAUGUUUGAGUUUUCUGAUGCACUUUCUGGUUUAGAAAUGGAAGAAUCCGCCAAGAAAAAUCUACUUUCAAGACUGGAGAAUUAUGCAGUAGAAGUAGUUGAAGGGAAGACCAAAGAAGAAGCUGCUAAAGUUCUAAACCGCAUGAAAGAGAGGUUUACAACCAUAUUCAACCAUGAUAAUGAUCUAAUGCCACGUGUUUGGACCGGAAAAGAAGAUAUUCGUGCCAUCAAUAAAACUGCUCGCACUUCUUCUUUGAAGUUACUAUCUGUGUUAGCGGCAAUUCGUUUGGAGGAUUAUGGUGAUAAAAUUCAGGGUAUACUACUUGUGGCUUUAGCGGACCCCGCCCAAGCGUCUGAUAAAAACUCCAAUGUGCAAGACCCUUUGGCAACAUGCAAAUGGGAAAAGAUUCCAGCAGACAAGACAUUGAUAACUCCUGUCCAGUGUAAAUCUUUGUGGACCCAAUUUCAAAAGGAGACAGAGUAUGCAGUCAGUCAAGCUAUUUCUGCCCAGAAAGCUAACAAGCAAAAUAACAACUGGAUGCCGCCUCCAUGGGCUAUUCUUGCCUUAUUUGUGUUGGGAUUCAAUGAAUUCAUAACUCUUUUAAGGAAUCCAUUGUACCUGAUCUUAAUUUUCAUCACCUUUCUGCUUAUAAAAGCCUUAUGGGUUCAACUGGACAUAGCUUCCGAAUUCCAACACGGCGUGUUUCACGGGUUUCUCUCGUUGUCCACAAAGCUUAUUCCAACCAUCUUGAACCUCAUCAGAAAACUCUCCGAUGCCGGCCAACGCCAACCACCACCACGCUAAAGUAAUCCCCAAACAGAUUGAUGGAUUAGUUCAUCUUGGUAAAAACAAAAAUUAUAUUUGUUUUUGUAUUUUAUUGUACAGAUUUGUGUAGUUUUACCAUGUUGAACUACAUUUAAGUUUGAUUAAUUUUGUAUUGGAAUUAUUUGUUUAUUGAAAUAAUCUCUAAUAUUUUUUUGUAACAAACCAAAAUAAUCCCUAAGUCUCUUUGUAAGAAUUAUUUUAGAAGUUUUUCUUUUAAAUUGAUUGUAGUGGUUUCCGUUAUUUAACAUAAACUUAGAAAAAAAAAUUAAUUACGAAAACAAGUGUAUCUUAGGUUGGAGGGAGUGGAGCCACCGAAACC